GCUGGCGCGCUGCAGAGUGGCGGAUGUACGGUUGGCUCAGCGGCUGCUGCUUAGCACCGACGCUCUCCCAUUCUGAGCCGCGGACUGCGCUUCGUUGACUGACUCUGGAGACGUGCAUUGGCAGCCAUGUCUCAAGAGGACAGCAUGAGUUUCAAUGAACUUUUCAGAGACGUCAAAUUCUACCUGGUGGGGGACAUUGACCAUAAGGUUGUGCAGCUUCUGAAGGCAGGAAAAGGGAAGGAGGUUUCUUACAAUGCCCUCGCCACUCACAUCAUUGCAGAGGACGGAGACAACCCAGAGGUGGGCGAGUCCAGAGAGGUGUUUGAUCUGCCGGUUGUCAAGCCAUCCUGGGUGACUCUCUCAGUCCGAUGUGGAGACCUGUUACCAGUAACUGGAUUCUCCCCCGAAUCAGAACAGAUAUUCUUUGGUGUGACAGCUUGUCUUCCCAGGCUUCCAGAUGAUCUAAACACCUUGUGGGCUUACAUCACCUUUUAUGGAGGAGAAUGUCAGCUUAACCUCAACAAGAGGGUCACCCACUUAGUGGUUAAGGAAUCAAAAGGGGCAAAGUUUGAGUGUGCCCUGAAACACUCUGGUAUCAAGAUUGUUACCCCGGACUGGAUCACAGAUUCUGUUAAAGACAAGAGCAGGAAGGAUGAGGCUCUCUACCACCCUAGACUGAUAUACGUGGAGCCUGAGGAAGAAGAGGAGAGUGAAGCAGAGUCAUAUGAACAGCACUCUCAUUCAGACGGAAGCUACAGCCCUCGACGAACCCAGCUCUCCAGCUGUGACUCGUCUGGUGAUUCCAGUCCCAGAAGAAGACCAGGCCCCAAAAAACUUAAUUCUGUGUCUCCAACGCCCCUCCGAAAACCUGAGCGCCGCAGUGAGCGUAUGUUCGAUGACUCGGACGAUGAUUCCCCGAUAGAGAAGGAGGGUACCAACCUCAACUGGACGCCUGCUGAGGUUGUUACGCCAACACCCCCUAUUCUGACCGGUACAGCUAGACGCCGGGGUGGGCCACCCACCAACAAAGACUCAACGUCAUCUACAGGCAGUGGGCUGAUCAACCUUUGUGCUACUGUGCCUCCUGUACCUGGCAGUGGCGCAGCAUCACCUGCAGAGGCCCACCCUGGUGCUGUUGCCAUCAGUCAAAGCACACAGCAAGUUCCAGAAAGCUGGAGUCCAGCCGCCAGAACCCUCCGCAACAUUACUAACAGCUCUGACAUGCAGCCAGCCAAUCGACCUGUCAACAUAGUACAUAUCAUUCAGAAUCUCACAGCCAAUCAGUCAAAGCCACUGGAGCCGCAGAGCAACCAGAGCAAUGCUCAAACCCCCAAUAGUGCCAACCCUAUUCUGUUCAGUCAGUCCAAAUUGGCUGCAGAGCAGCAUCAACACUUACUGCAACAGUCACACCAGGCUGCCCAGCAACAGCAUCAACAGUUACCACAGCAACCACAACAUCCUAUAAUGCACCUCCAACAACAACAACAGCAGCAGCAUCAGAUGAUGCCACUACAGCACCAUCAGCAACACAAUCAACAGCAACAGCCCCAAGUUCCACAGCAACAAAGUUUCCCGCAGUUGCCCCAACAGCAACAACAGUUUCUGCAACAACAACAACAACAACAACAUCAACAACAGCAAAUGCAGCAACAAAUGUUUUCACAGCAGCAGCAAGCAUUCUCCCAGCAGCAGCAGCUGCGGCCACAGCAGCUCCUGCGCCCUGGUUUACAGCAGCUGCAACAGCAACAAGCUCUGCAGCAACAGCUUCAACAGUUCCAACAACAGCAACGUAUGCAAAUAUUACAGCAGAAUCCACAGCAGUUACACCAACAGCAUCUACAGCAGCAGCAACAGCAUUUCCUACAACAACAGCAACAGCAGCAACAACAACAACAACAACAACACAUGCAACAGAUACAUCAGCAGCAGCACAUGCAGAACCAGCAACAGGCUCUGCAGCAUCAGAAUCAGCAGGUCCUGCAGCAGCAGCAGCAGACGACGAAGACAACGCUGCAACCUCAGCUCCAGCAGCCUGGUCACAUUACCCAGCUGUUUGGACACGAGCUGGGACAAGAAAUUCCACAAGAUGGCUUCCUGUUAGGCUGUGUGUUUGCUAUUGCUGACUACCCAGAACAGAUGGCUGACAAACAACUCCUGGGCACAUGGAAGAGGGUCAUCCAGGCGUGUGGAGGUACUGUUGACCCAAACCUGACCAGUCGUUGCACACACUUGCUGUGUGAGAGCCAAGUCAGUAACAUGUAUGUUCAGGCACUAAGAGAGGGGAAACGCUGUGUAACAGCCCACUGGCUCAACACUGUACUGAAGAGGAAGAGGAUGGUUCCUCCUCAUCGAACACUACAUCUGCCCUUUGCCUUCCCUCCUGGAGCAAAGCCCUGCUCUCAGCAUAUUAUAUCAGUAACAGGUUUUGUGGAUGCUGACAGAGAUGACCUUAAACUGAUGGCCUACCUGGCGGGUGCCAGAUACACUGGAUAUCUGUGUCGCAGUAAUACAGUCCUCAUCUGUAAAGAACCUAAUGGGCUUAAAUAUGAGAAGGCCAAGGAGUGGAAGAUCCCAUGUGUAAAUGCACAGUGGUUGUGUGAUAUACUGCUUGGAAAUUUUGAAGCACUGAGACAGAUUCAACACAGCAGAUACUCCAUCUAUACACAACCUGAACCACUGGUGCCCAACCUACAGCUGGUCCAGAACCUACUGACUGCUUGGAGAACACCGAUCAAAGUAUCUCCUGAAGCUUUGGCGAACCUCCAGCUGUUGCAAAAGCAAAAGAUCGCUGGCUCCACUAACCAGCCUGCAAACAAGAAGGCCAGACUGGAUGAGAUGCAGUCCCCCAGUAAGAUGCUUCCUCCCGAGUCCACUCCUCAAGUCAUGUUCACAGGCUUUGAGCCUUCACAAGUACAGCAGUACACAAAGAGGUUACAUGCUUUAGGUGGUGAAGUAGCAGACAGCAGUCAGAAGGUCACUCACCUGGUGGCCAGUAAGGUGACGCGCACCGUUAAGUUCCUUACUGCCAUGUCUGUGGUCAAACACAUCGUUAGCCCAGAGUGGCUGGAGGAGAGCUGGAGGAGCCAGAAGUUUGUGGAUGAGCAGACUCACAGUCUGAAGGAUGCAGAGGCAGAGGUGUUGUUUGGAUUCAGUCUGGAGGAAUCACUAAAGAGAGCCCACAGUUCACCUCUCUUCAAGGGGAAGUACUUCUACCUCACCCCAGGGAUCUGCCCAAGCCUCAGCACCAUGAAGCCCAUCCUGGAGAGUGCUGGAGGAAAGCUGCUGGCCAAACAGCCUUCUUACAGAAAGAUUAUGGAGCACAAACAGAAUAAGAACCUUCCAGAGAUCAUCUUAAUUUCCUGUGACAACGACCUGCACCUCUGUAGAGAAUACUUUUUGAAGAACAUUGAUGUCCACAAUGCUGAGUUCAUUCUGACAGGAGUUCUCACCCAGCAACUCGACUAUGACUCAUAUCCUUUCCAGACAAUAUCAGCUCAGGACAAAGGGCUUUUUAUUUGACAACUUUUCUGAACACAGUUCUUACACAAAGAUCCACCUAUAUACAAUUGAAUGUAUUUGGACAGUUCCACAGUUUCUUCUGGCUUUGUUUCCAACUCAGUUUUGAAUUAAAAUAAUGAACACUACAGUGCUACAGGUAAGCUUUAAUCUGAAUCUGAACCUGAUCUACAUCAAUAAGUACUGCAUGGGAGAUAUAUCGCUUUUAACACACCCUACAGUUAAAGGUUUCAGCAUGAUUGUGUCACUACUAUUGUAGGCCAAUUCCCAUUGUAGGCCAAUUCCUUAAUGCAAGAAAAACCUAGACAGCAGAACACGCUUUUUGUUUCUGACUGGAAAACACAAUUAGACAACAUAGAGAAGUUAACAAAGCGUUCUGUAACAUACCGUCGCAGAAUUCCAGGUGCGUUUUUUAAAUUUAUUUCCUAAAUUAGCAUUUCAUUCUGUUCUAGCCUGCCAUCUAAUGGCAAAGAAAUAAACUGGCGGGGCCAAACUUACUUGCUGACCACUGCUUCCAUCUGCACUGAAGUCAACAUUAAAGGCCAAAUAUGAGAUGAGCUUUUACUUUUUCCGACCCUCUUUCCUCUUUCAAAUAGUCAGAUUGAAUGUGAAUCCUUUCACAUUUUUUCCUUUGCUCAUUUACUUAAUUUUUCUACUGUUGAUUUUGGAAAAACAGCUGCCUUUGCUAUCUCUCUGAUAGAUUUUAAAUUUUUGCCUUCACUUGCGCUGUUGCCUCUUUACUUCUAAUACCGACAGACAACUCCGUAUUAAAGUCAGUUGCGAGCUCUUUUGUGCACAAACUAACCUUGAAAAGACUUAGUUUCAACUACUACUACUACUACUAAAGUAGUAGUAGCACUAAAUGUUUUUUAGUAGUAGUAAAAAACAUAGUAGUAGUAGUGUGAACUACCUAGAUUUCUUUUGGGCAUUUCACCUUUGUUGACAGUGCAAGCAUGAAAUAGAGAGAGCAGUAGAGGAAGACGCGCCCAAAAGGCCGGGUCAGACCCAAACAUGUGGCCGCAGGACCGUAUGUGGGCCACCUGCACUACCAGGUGUAUCAACUUCUUUUCAACUCUUGCAUUAUGGGCAUUAUGUGUUACAAUGGCCAUAUCUCCCACACAGUUGCUAUAUUGAUGUAAACCUACUCAAAUUAAAAGCUCAGACAUGGCCCUACAUGGCUAAGACGCCAACAUACCAAACUUAAAAAAAACACACACACACAAUUAGUCUUAACAAAGAGGUUCCCUAUUCUACUCUCUCAUACAGAACUCAAAAUAGGCUUCUUGGAAAGUAAGAAACAACUGAAAGAAACAGAAACACAUUUAACUAGAAUUGCAAAGCAGUGUUCAUUAAUUAUCUAGACUGGAAACAUGCCAUAUUCUAAUUUGUCCAGCUGCAGUCUCAUAAUGGGCCACAAAUGUUUUAACACUUCUCAUAAAAACAAUAAUACAAUAGUCAGAGAUCUCUAACUUGGUGUUUUGCUCUGUUGCUGCAUUGUAUAACUGUGCACUAUUUGCUGUGUGCUAUUGUUCAUAAAGACCUCAUAGGCAUGCAAUUCAGUUCUUUCUGACAUGCAAGUCUUUCGCUCUUUACACCAUAGUUUGAAUUCAUUCUAUGGAAAAAGCUGCAGAGAAAGUGAAACAAAAUUACUGGAUCUGCCCAUUUAUUUGGAUCUGCAACCAUAUUUAAUGAGUUCUCUCCUUACCCAUUCUGCAUCCUUCCACCAAGAUCCAUGGCCAGUAGCUUUUGCACCAUCCUGUUGACUAACAGACAAACUAAAUAAAAACAUAACCUCCUUGGUGGAGGUAACAAGAAUGGGACUACCUCCCUAAGUCUCAAUAGUCCCCUAAAUUCAGUCAAGCUGCACCAUAUUGCAGACGUUCAUAUGUACAUUCCCAGAAAUGUGAUUUUCCCAUGAAUAAUACCCUGGGAAAUGUGUGAAAGUGUCACACCCUAUCUCGCAGUGUUAAAGAAAGAAAAAAUUAAUUGCUAGAUCCACCACCUGAUCUGGAUCUGCACCAGAAUUGAAUGUUUUUUCCUCUGGUUCUGUCUCACCACUUCACAACAUUUCAUAGAUAUCAGUUGAGUAGCUUUUGUGCAAUCCUGCUAACUGACAAAAAAACAAAUGCUGAAUAAAACAGUCCUCCUUAACAAAGAGAAAAUACCUAAAUCUAAGCACAAAAUCAAACAAACAAGCAUGCCAGCAUGAGCAGGUGCUCCAAUAAGCUCGUUCCUAAAAGUGUCCUUGCACCAUGUUUUUAAGGAACAGACUAUUACAUACCAGCAAAAGAGCUGCUGUUUUGGAGAAGCUCUGACCCAUUUGUUUGGCCAUCACAUAAUGGCACUAGUAAAAGUUGCAAAGAUCCUUACACUUUUUAAAUUGUUUCUGCUUCAAACACAUCAAUAAUGAAGUGUAAUGUCAGCCUGCAUCAGCCUGUUAUUCCACAUUCCACUUCUACAAUUAACAUUACCAGUUUGCCAAAAGUACAACUUAAGCUGAACUCAGUAGCUCCUAAUGUUUCUAUGGUCUUUAUACUGAGAGAAUAUUAGCAAGGCUAAUGUUUUCAUAUCCAACGAUCUGUACUGCAGUGAUGUGUGCUCUGGAAAAGAAUUGUGUUCCUUGACAUUUACACAUAUAAGUUCACUUGAUGGUGAAGCAAUGAUUGCAAGAAGCGGAAGAGGAAUAGGGAAGCUACCUGUGUACACUCUAGUCACAUCUACUUUCCUAUGUUUUUAAUUAUGUGCAUAGAUUUCCAGUCAUUUUGUAGCCUUUUGUUACCUGUUUCAGAAUAAAUAAAUUGAUGUUAUUUUUGUGAAAUGAAUAUUUAAAUUAUAGAGGAUUUUAACAUUUUUCUUGUUUUCAAAUAGAAUGUGUAAAGGCUUCAGCUCACACACUGCUUUGGAAUAAAGUUUGUGGAAAUCUCGAC